GCUCAAGCCCCGCCCCUUCCGCGUGCCCCCACGGUCCCAGGAGGAGGCCCUCACUCCAGUAGUUCGGCGGAGGCCGAGGGUGCGGCAGCGUUGUGGCCAUGGCGGUCCGGGCAGGGUGCCGGUGCGGCCAGUGGGCUGGUGUGGCCGCGCGUUUCCCUCCCACGUCGCGGUUUUUCAGUCAUGGAUCAAAUGUAUUAAGUCAAAGUAGCAACGUACCUCAAGCUAGCUUCUUUCCACCUCUUCAAAAAAUGAUGUUACCACCAAAUGCCUUUCAAGGAAAAGUGGCUUUUAUUACUGGUGGAGGUACUGGGCUUGGCAAAGGAAUGACAACAGCUCUGUCCAGUUUAGGUGCCGAAUGUGUUAUAUCAAGCAGGAAGAUCGAUGUUUUGAAACAAACUGCAGAAGAAAUUUCUUCUAAAACAGGAAACAAGGUUCAUGCAAUCCAGUGUGAUGUGAGAGACCCAGCUUCAGUUAAGAAUGCUGUUGCUGAAUUAAUCAAGGUGGCAGGACAUCCUGAUGUUGUGAUAAACAAUGCAGCUGGAAACUUCGUUUCUCCUACUGAACGUCUUUCUGCUAAUGCGUGGAAAACAAUAGUUGAUAUUGUUCUUAAUGGUACUGCCUUCGUAACUCUAGAAAUUGGAAAGGAACUAAUUAAAGUACAAAAAGGGGCAGCAUUCUUGGCUAUUACAACAAUCUAUGCAGAGAGUGGGUCUGGCUUUGUGUCACCAAGUGCCUCUGCCAAAGCUGGGGUAGAUGCAAUGUGCAAGUCUCUUGCAGCUGAAUGGGGUAGAUAUGGCAUGAGAUUCAAUGUGAUCCAACCAGGUCCAAUAAGAACAAAGGGUGCUUUUAGCCGUCUUGACCCAACAGGUCAAUUUGAGAAAGAAAUGAUUGGGAGGAUUCCCUGUGGCCGUCUGGGAACUGUAGAAGAAAUUGCAAAUCUUGCCACAUACCUCUGUAGUGAAUAUGCAAGUUGGGUUACUGGAGCAGUUAUUAGAAUGGAUGGUGGAGAAUAUGUUUCUAUGGCUGGAGAGUUCAAUGACCUGAAAAAGGUUACCAAUGAGCAGUGGGAUAUGAUGGAAGCAUUAAUCAGGAAAACAAAAGGCUCUUAAAAUACUCUUGUCUUAUCAUCUUCCUUACAGAAAGUAUCACUGGAAAAGUACCAUUAGCUGUAAAUCUCUCACACAUUAAGAAAUAAUCUUGUUAAAUAUUUUAUCUGACAAUUCUAAUAAAACAUUUUGAAAUUGUAA